AUGGCUGGUCAGCCACGAGAAGCAGCCCAAACCGCAGAUCUAAAACAUCCGAAACUUGGAGAUAAGAAUAUGACUGCCACAGAAAUGAAGAGAAAUCAAGGGAAGGAUGAGCUGCCAUGUCUUGGUAAUUAUGCUCCAUGGAAAGACUGUUUUUAUGAAAAGGUACAGCAGAGGUGUCUGAAUCUGCAGGAGACCAAGGUGAAGACAAUUCACACACAAAAGGCAAAAGAAGAAAAGGUAAAGAAGAGAGAACCCUGUGACUGGCUGUCCAAAGAGUGGUUCAGUGAAGAGAAAGAGUCACUAGGUACUCGCAUCUAUUUACUUGACAAACUCCUACCUACGUUAAUCCCAGGACUGGAAAAACUGUUAAUGGAAGUGGAAAGAAAGAAUGUGCUUGAACCAGACAAAGAACCAACUAAAUUUAACCCCAUUAUUUUUCUUGGAGAAUAUCUGAUGAGACAUAACCCUCACUAUAGUAUUUCUACAAAACCAGGCCCGUACCUGAGAGGAAUGAAGAUGGUUACAGAGGAGCUAAAAGCUGAGAUGCCAGGUACAACGUCACAGAGGCUGGCCAAGAUGAAGGCUGAGGCCAAGAACAAACGUAAGGACAGGGAGCAGGCGGACAAUAUGAAGUCUCAGGUGAAAGAGAUGAGAAAGGAGGCACUGGCAAUUCAGUUCAAAGAGUGGACAGUGGAUGUCAGCGGCAGAAUACCGGUUGCACUGGUUCAGAGUGCCCUGAGGUCUUUUCCAGAUGUCGUUGCUUCUACUCCCAUAGAUGUGAGAAAAGCAAUCUAUGACAGGAAGCUGGAAAUCGUAGACACACUGGGAAAAAAAGUAAACGUAGAUGAAUUCACAGAGUAUGUCCAUUCCUACACCAAACAUUUUUCAAAUGACAUGUUCAAAGAAAUCCUGAAGCAUCUCUCUCAGUGUGCUGAUGACUUCCAAGAAGCAGUAAGAUGUGAUAUGUGGAGGCAAAUGUUUACUGAUCUCUUCCUGGAAUGUGAUUAUGGAAAGGUCGGUCUCUUAGAUAGACAAAAAAUACUUGCCCUACUGGUAGACUUCUAUGACAGAAGCCCGGUGAUUGCGAAGAGGGGAUUCUGUAACCCAAGAGAGUGGCCAAUAAUUGAGCUGCAAGAGAUUGAGCUUGCAGAUUUAUGGGGAGGCCUUGAUGACCAGGAAGUUUGUGAGGAACCCAGUGAAAAGUUAGUCUUGUCCCAAACAGAAAUUUCUGGGGGAGAGAUUUUAGCGUAUCAACCUGUAGGUGAUAACAGACGACAUACAUAUAGGAUGAGAACUAGCGUCAGAGAAGGUCUUUUUGAACAAAUGGGCAUGAGUGAAGCUGAGAGUGGAAGCAUUUCAAAGGAAGAAAACCAAGCAGCAGGAUCAAGUGAUGCUGAGGAUGCUGCAGUUGCAGAGGUUGUGAAAGAAACUCCUGCAGGAAAAGAGAGUUUUCCUAGGCAGCAUGGCAGCCAGUUUGGCCAACAGACAAGCUCAGAGACAAGAGUGCAGGAAGAGGACCUUCAGCAAGACCAAAGUAGAGACUUACGUCCCAUCAUGGCAGAGAUUCAGAACCGUUGGGCUUCUUGUACUAGGAGUGCCUUUGAUGAAAGCUGCCUCAACCUGCCACAGUUUGUACAGCUCAUGGAGACAUUUGUUUGUGAAGACAUUGCUCUGCCUACUGUGAAGAGGCUUAUUGCGUUUAUCAAAGAAGAAUACAAACAGACAGAAGAGGAAAAAAUGGAACAACUAGAAAAAGUCCAUCGCUUCUCUCACUUAGCCCAACGGAAACUGCUCUUGGAGGCACUUUUUGAAAAGUGGGACAUCAAUGCAUCUGGGUUUCUGGACCUGGAAGAGGUGGAUGCUGUUCUAAGUGCAUUCAGGGAAGGGAUGGAAAAAGAGGCCUUGAGGAAGGGUAAGGAAACAGUUCUGCUCGGAGAGAACAAUGUCAACACAGUAGGCCUUGAACUACUCGACAACAGUGCUAAUGAAGGUGUUGGCAAGCACCAGUCAUUUUUCGGUUUUGCAAGCAGUCAUAAGCAUACAAG